AUGGGUCUCGCCCGCACUCCCCCCCAGCGCGCCCACGACCUCGCACCCGCCCCUGUCCCUCCCCAGGGUGCCUCCCCCUUCGCACCCCGCAACCCGGGCGUCAUGCGCUCCCCUCCAGCUAGAUCUCCAUCCCAGCCUCCUCAACACCCACAGCUACAUGCCCAGCCCGAGACCGACAACGAGCCACAAGAAGAGCCAGGCGUCCAGGAUCAAGUCUUGGAGGAGGGAAAUACAACAGAGGAACCGGCGCCACAUCACAGUCUCAUCGUGGACGACCGCCCCAUACGACCCGCUCCUGCGAUCGUUGUACACGAAGAGACUAUGGAUGGGUCGGCAAUCGCAGAAACAGAGGACAAUUCGUUCGGUCAUGUCCAGGCGGAUGAAGGUGGCGAUGUGGAAAUGCAGGAGCCAGAUACCGAGGUGGAUGCCUCUGCCGAGCUCUCACAGCCAUCCGGCCCUAGUCAGCCUACCACCCCUCCAACAUCACGUCCUAGGCGGUCCCAUGCACCUCCCCAGGCGAAAUCAUCGUCCCAAAACUCACAGCCUGCCCAACCAAAAACUCCUCGCUCGCGUUCAUCACGACGUCAUACCGACCCUCUUCCGCCUCCGCCCCCUAUACAGCUGGAUGCGGAUGUGCCGCCCGAGCACCUACUGUAUGGCAGACGGUAUAGGUUGUCGAUGGAGAUGUUGGAUCGUGCAGUCAUGGCCGCUGCUCAGAGAUGGACUGCCGACCAGAUGAGAGAUUGCUUUCCCAAGCUCUCCAAAAAGAUGCCGAAAGCUGUCGAAAAUACAUACCUCUCGGCGUCUCAGGCUAUGCGCGACAAUAUCCUGGCAAAUGCUCAUGAGCUCUUGACUCACUACAAGGCCGGCCCAGCGAUGCAGCUGAUUGAUGAGGUCGACAUGGAGGCCAGGGAAUAUGCUGCAACGUGCAAAGCCAACGGGGAAAGCUCAAAUAGACCAGACGCAUGGAGACCGGACGUGUCCCCGCAUGCUCUAGUAGCUGCUACAAUCUUGCCUGUAUACGAUGAGGCCUAUACCAAGCUGAGAGACGAGUAUUUGGAACUGCACAAAGACUGCCAAGAGCGUUACGCAUCAAUGCUGCAGAAGCAGGCGCUUAUCAAGCGACUUGAAGAGAACGUCGGGGAUGGAGCUGUCGAGCUUGAUCAGACAUUACAAGUUCUCGACAAUCUGCCUAUUGAAGACAUGCAGACCUGGACCGAGGCAACAGAAACAAAGAUGGACACGAGAGCGCCGGAAUAUAUUUGA